AUGGGUCCUAAUGAUUCGAAAGAGAAAGAAGCAAUCAGUAAUGGCGUUGAAACUGCAACACAAAGUAUAAAUCAGUUGACUAUGAAAGAGCAUACUACUCAAGAUGAUGGUGGUGUGCAAGUCACGUGCUUCUCUGAAGUCUCCAACGAGGUUACUCUCCACUUUCAGAUCAUUCGUCUUCAGAAACAGAAACGGAAAAAUCCUAAAAUGGGUCCUAAUGAUUCGAAAGAGAAAGAAGCAAUCAGUAAUGGCGUUGAAAAUGCAACACAAAGUAUAAAUCAGUUGACUAUGAAAGAGCAUACUACUCAAGAUGAUGGUGGUGUGCAAGUCACGUGCUUCUCUGAAGUCUCCAACGAGGUUACCCUCCACUUUCAGAUCAUUCGUCUUCAGAAACAGAUUUAUGCAUGGAUUGGUUGCAGUUCUGCUAAAUUUGGACAUUUAUAUGCGGCUGCACGUACACGACCUAGUAAUACAGUUAGUGUGACUUCUCUCAUUGGAGGAACUUCUGACAAUACAGGAUCUGGUGUUGCACGUCGAUUAGUUCUGAAGACUGGCCUCAAUAUCAUUCUUGCUUGUGACCUUCCAAAGAACAACCCAAUGCUUGAGGCAGAUGCCGAGAAAAUGCUGGUGCAAAAGCUAAUUAGUCUAGGUUACACAAAGCCAAAAGUGUAG